GUGAGCCCGGCGGACUUGGCUCCGGCCGCAUCACUUGCUCGGGACCAGCCGGCCGGCCGGCUGGCACUUGUUUUGGGGUUGGCUUUUUCUCUGAAAUGCCCAAGCCACCCGAUUAUUCAGAACUGAGUGACUCUUUAACGCUUCCCGUGGCAACAGGAAGAUUUUCAGGACCCUUGCACAGAGCAUGGAGAAUGAUGAACUUCCGCCAGCGGAUGGGAUGGAUUGGAGUGGGACUCUAUCUGUUAGUGAGUGCGGCGGCCUUUUACUACGUGUUUGAGAUCAAUGAGACUUACAACAGGCUGGCCUUGGAGCACAUUCAGCAGCACCCGGCAGAGCCCCGGGAAGGAGCCACUUGGACACACUCCUUGAAAGUGCGGCUUCUCUCCCUGCCCUUCUGGUUGUGGACAGUUAUUUUCCUGAUUCCCUACUUACAGAUGUUUUUAUUCCUGUACUCUUGUACCAGAGCUGACCCUAAGACGGUCGGCUACUGCAUUAUUCCUAUUUGCCUGGCAGUCAUUUGCAAUCGCCACCAGGCAUUUGUCAAGGCUUCCAAUCAGAUCAGCAGACUACAACUGAUUGACACGUAAAACUCCGUUUUUUCCUUCUGAUGGCUAAACUGCCUGCGCUGAGUGUGGCCUGGUCAUAAGACUGCAGUUUCUUCACAGAUCUCAGGAAGUUGUGGUGGAGUGGGGGAUUUUUUUUGAAAAAAAAAAAAAAAAAAAUCGACUAGGCGGCUAUCUUUAUCUAAAUAAUGAUUUUUUUAUUUUAGGCCAAGCCUGAGAUACAGUACUACCAAAUCAUGUUGAUGACUUAAGAUUUUGAAAGUAAAAUCGUGUCUGUUUUUUGCAUUCUUUUAGAAACUUGAAUAAGUAACUGGAGUGAUAUUUUUAUUCUACUGUGCAACAUAGUGAUUCAGAAUUUUUUUUCCUAUGGGGAAGAAAUGAGUAUUAACAUUGCCAUUGUGUUGAAUGUAAACAGGUCCAAACAUGGUCAUAAAACUUAACUUUUCUAUGA